AAGAGAACCUUUUUCCCCUCUGAUUCUUGUAAAGAAUCUCAACUUAAUGCCUUCAAUCCUCAGUCCUGGCUUCAAGUUGAGAGGGGAAAGCUCUCCAAAUCGUCUUCACAACACUUUGCAUCUUCUUCCAUAGAAUCUCUUAUCAAGGUACCCGACCCACCAUUACCGCAGUAUUAUAAACCAGUUGAUUAUGUAGAAGUUUUAGCUCAAAUGCAUGAAGAGCUCGAAUCAUGUCCUGUUCAAGAGAAGCCGAGUCUCUAUUUAUUACAAUUUCAGGUCUUUAGGGGACUUGGGGAAGCCAAAUUGAUGCAGCGAAGUCUCCGCAAGGCUUGGCAGAAGGCUAGUACUGUUCAUGAGAUGCUUGUGUUUGGGUCAUGGUUAAAGUAUGAGAAGCAAGGAGAAGAGCUUAUCACUUACCUGCUUAACAAUUGUGACAAAUUCGCACAAGAGUUUGGACCAGUUGAUAUUGCCUCUCAGUUUCAAAAUGAUACAAAUUUAGGUUCCCAUGAGCCUGUUCUAAUGAGUGGGGACAAAAUUUUUAGGCAUGUUGUAUUUAGGAUUGGUGAAGAGAAAAUAGUUUGUGAUAGGCAGAAAAUUGCAGCUCUUUCAGCUCCAUUCAAUUCUAUGCUUGAUGGAUGUUUUAUGGAAUCACUUUGUGAAAACAUAGAUUUGUCUGAAAACAAUAUCACUCCUUCAGGUAUGAAGAUAAUAAGUGAGUUCAGUUUGACAGGCAGUUUAAAUGAAAUAUCUCCAAAUCAUUUGUUAGAAAUAUUGGUAUUUGCAAAUAAGUUCUGCUGCGAAAGUCUCAAAGAUGCAUGUGAUAGGAAACUUGCAUCUUUAGUUUCUUCUAGAGAAGAUGCUGUGGAACUCAUGGGGUAUGCUAUUGAGGAGAACUCCCCUCUUCUUGCUGCAUCAUGUUUGCAAGUAUUUUUACGUGAACUACCUGGCUGUUUGAAUGACAAUCGGGUGGUGGAAAUAUUUAGCAAUGCUGAUAGACAACAAACAUCACUUAUGGUUGGGCUGGCUGCUUUUUCUCUGUACUUUUUAUUAAGUGAAGUUGCUAUGAACCUUGAUCCUCAAUCAGAUAAAGCAGUUUGUUUCCUGGAACGACUGAUAGAUUCUGCUAAAACUGACCGGCAGAAACUGCUGGCUUUUCAUCAACUGGGAUGUGUGAGGUUCUUGAGGAAAGAGUAUGACGAAGCUGAACGUCUGUUUGAGGCAGCUUUAGAUGCAGGCCAUACAUAUUCUAUUACAGGUUUAGCUAGACUGGGUUCUAUUAAGGGUCAUAAACGUUGGUGUUAUGAACUCAGCAAUGUGAUUUCCUCUGUUACUCCAAUGGGAUGGAUGUAUCAGGAGAGAUCAUUAUACUGUGAAGGUGAUAAGAGGUGGGAAGAUCUUGAGAAAGCAACUGAGUUGGACCCAACUCUUACUUACCCCUAUACGUAUCGGGCUGCUUCCUUGAUGAUGAAACAGAAUGUUGAAGCCGCACUUGCAGAAAUCAAUCUGGUUCUUGGGUUUAAACUUGCACUAGAAUGCUUGGAACUCCGGUUUUGUUUUUAUUUGGCUCUGGAGCAGUAUCAAUCGGCAAUGUGUGAUGUCCAGGCAAUUCUUACGCUCUGUCCCGAUUAUAGGAUGUUCGAGGGACGAGUGGCAGCAUCCCAGCUCCACACUUUGUGUGAGCAUAUCAACAAUUGGACAACAGCAGAUUGCUGGUUGCGAUUGUAUGAUCGCUGGUCUUCAGUUGAUGAUAUUGGGUCACUCUCUGUAAUCUACCAAAUGCUUGAAUCUGAUGCUCCAAAAGGUGUAUUAUACUUCAGGCAGUCUCUACUUCUCCUCAGAUUAAACUGUCCUGAGGCAGCCAUGCGAAGUUUACAGUUAGCUCUCCACCAUGCAUCUAGUGACCAUGAGCGGCUGGUGUAUGAGGGAUGGAUCCUAUAUGAUACAGGUCAUUGUGGGGAGGGGCUCAGAAAAGCAGAAGAGUCCAUCCAAAUUAAAAGAUCCUUUGAGGCCUUCUUCCUUAAAGCCUAUGCUCUGGCUGACUCAAGCCAGGAUCCAUCUUGUUAUGCAACUGUUGUUUCACUUCUUGAAGAUGCAUUGGAGUGUCCCUCAGAUAGGCUGCGAAAAGGUCAGGCACUAAACAAUCUAGGAAGUGUUUAUGUUGACUGUGGAAAGUUGGACAUGGCCGCUGAUUGCUAUGUUAAUGCCCUUAAGAUUCAGCACACAAGAGCCCACCAAGGCCUUGCUCGGGUUUAUUUUCUGAGAAAUGAUAAGGCUGGUGCAUAUGCAGAGAUGACCAAACUGAUUGAAAAAGCUCAGAACAAUGCAUCUGCCUAUGAGAAGAGGUCUGAAUAUUGUGAUAGUGAACUCACAAAAGCAGAUCUAGAAGCGGCUACUCAAUUAGAUCCUCUCCGGGUGUACCCUUAUAGAUAUCGAGCUGCAGUUUUAAUGGAUGGCCACAAAGAGAAGGAAGCAAUUGCAGAACUCUCAAGGGCCAUCGCUUUCAAAGCAGACCUUCACCUUCUACACCUGGGAGCAUUUUAUGAGCAUAUGGGUGAUGUCUUGGGUGCACUGCAAGAUUGUCGAGCUGCUCAUUCUGUUGAUCCACAUGAUCAAGAAACGCUGGAGCUCCACAGCCGUGUAUACAGCCAUGAACCAUAAUUAUAGAACUACAGAAUUCUAAGUUUAUUUAAAAAAAAAAAAGAUCAAAUUGUACUCUCACCUUGUAUGCUAGAAAAAAGAGCGCAUGUAAAAUCCUUGUCUUCCCUUGUUUUUUUUCCUCUUUUAUUAAUUUUUGUAAUAUAUCAUUUUGGUUUUUCGAUGAUUAAAUUUUUAAUA